ACUGCAGUCCCUCCCUUUAAGGACAAGGAAGAGCACCCAGACACCAACACUCUGCAUCCCAUCUGUUUCCUGAACAUCCCAGCUUAGAGGAUUCCAAAGAGAGCUACCCCAGUGACCUUGCUCCCAGAGAAGAAGGAGGUGAAAUCACAAGAAGACCACUGGCAUCACUGCUCAGGAACAGCCCCACAGCAGCAAAUAAGGACUCCCCUUCUGCUACAUCCACACCAGCAUCUGUUGCCAUUUUCUCUCUUGAUGCAAACCUCUCUGACUCAGAUUCCACCAUAGACCGGAAGAGGGAUAUGCUGAAACAAAAGAUCUGGAAGGAAUCCAUAAUGCCAAGAGCAUGGGCUACCAUACCAUCCCGGGGACUGACCCAAAAGGACAUGGAGAUGUUGCAACAGACUUUGAAUGACUAUAGAUCUUCCUUUGGCCUGGAUGAGGCAUCACUGGAAAACAUCGCUGAGGAUUUGAACGUGACACUGGAGGAGCUCAAGGCAAACAUUAAGUCUCCACAUUUGCUCUCAGAUGAGCCAGAUACAUCCUUAACAGAGAAACUAUUGAAGUACAUUGGAAAUCCUUACUUUUCAAAGGUUUUCCACUUGCAAAAUUAUUUCAUUGACACGGUUGCAAGCGAUGUUAAAAUUAUCCUCAGUAAAGAAGAGCUUUUCACAGAGCAGCAUCCUCCACUGCACACAGCUACAUGCCAGCCUUCCUCUAGCAGACCCUCUCCUUUAAUGGCUCAACUUUUGGUGAUCAGCUUUGAAAAUUUUUUUAAGAAUUUCAAGAAGGAAAGCAAAAUCCUCUCUGAGGAAACCAUCACCUUGAUUGAAUCCCAUCUGGAGGAUAAGAACCUUCAGGGGGCAUUGUCUGAAAUUAGUCAUGCUCUGAGCAACAUUGACAAAGCCCCACUGAACAUUGCUGUGACUGGAGAAACAGGGACAGGGAAAUCCAGCUUCAUCAAUGCCUUGAGGGGAGUAAGGGGUGAAGAAGAAGGUGCAGCGCCCACUGGGGUGGUAGAGACAACCAUGAAGAGAACUCCAUACCCACACCCAAAGCUUCCCAAUGUGACAAUAUGGGACCUACCUGGCAUUGGGUCAACCAACUUCCAACCACAAAACUAUCUGACAGAAAUGAAGUUCGGUGAGUAUGACUUCUUCAUUAUCAUCUCGGCUACACGCUUCAAAGAAAUUGAUGCACAUCUGGCCAAAGCCAUUGCAAAGAUGAACACAAAGUUCUACUUUGUCCGAACCAAGAUAGAUCAAGAUGUCAGUAAUGAACAGAGGAGUAAACCUAAGUCUUUCAAUAGAGACAGUGUCUUAAAGAAAAUAAGAGAUGACUGCUCAGGUCAUCUCCAGAAGGUUCUCUCCAGUCAGCCUCCAGUGUUCCUAGUCUCUAACUUUGAUGUGUCUGACUUUGACUUCCCAAAGCUGGAGAACACCCUACUGAGGGAACUCCCAGCCCACAAGCGCCACCUCUUCAUGAUGUCCUUGCACAGUGUUACUGAGACUGCCAUUGACCGGAAGAGGGAUUUCCUCAGACAGAGGAUCUGGCUGGAGGCCCUGAAGGCUGGAGUAUGGACCACCAUUCCACUUGGGGGCUUAGUCAGAGAUAAAAUGCAGAAGUUGGAAGAGACCUUGACUCUCUACAGGUCUUACUUUGGGCUGGAUGAAGCCUCACUAGAAAAUAUUGCCAAGGAUUUCAAUGUGUCUGUGAAUGAAAUUAAGGCACACCUUAGGUCUCUCCAGUUGUUAACAAAGAACAAUGACAUGUCCUUCAAAGAAAAACUGUUGAAAUAUAUUGAAUAUAUUUCCUGUGUUACUGGGGGACCACUUGCCUCAGGCCUUUACUUUAGAAAGACUUACUACUGGCAAAGUCUCUUCAUUGAUACUGUGGCAAGUGAUGCCAAGUCUCUCCUUAAUAAGGAAGAGUUUUUGUCAGAGAAACCAGGAUCGUGCCUCUCUGACCUCCCUGAAUACUGGGAAACAGGAAUGGAGUUGUGAGGUACUAACCUUUGGACUUGCUUCAGACAUGGACUUAAAGCCUCCUUUUAAGCAGCAAACAUUUUCUGGGAAAGACCAGACGAUUCAUCUCUUUCAGAGAGAGAAUACCACUGUGGCAAGUAGAAGAGUUUCCCACGGUAUAAGAACUAUCUUCCAUUUAAGUAUCAUGAAUGAGAAUAUAUGGUUAUAUAUAUAUGUGCCACGCUCUCCGGUCAAGUCAGCUUGACAGGCUGAGGCUUGAAAGCUACUCACGAGGCAAAAGAGUUUCACAGAAACUCACUCCUGGAGUCUGGCGUUCUCUCUAACCCAUACAUUAAUUUUCUAUUCCCGAGUUAGUCUGGUGUAUGGAUCUACGAGCUCUCUUUUAAUAUUUUAUUAUAAAUGCCUCUCAAGAUUAAUUCUGUUAUAGUUAGCUUCCCCCAGUGUUCCAAGAUCCCAGAAGCCGCCGAGCCUAGAAUCCUGUGAGAAAGCAGCAAGGAAGUUUAACCUAUUCAGUAACUAAUUAAGAAUUACAAUAGACGGAGCCAGUGGCUCAUCUGGUCUGCAGAAAGAGCCUGGAAAUCUCACUGAGAUAGAAAUCUUUAGUACAGGCUACAUUGCAAACCAAAAGCAAGUUGGUACACUCUCCUGACAAAUGGAGAUUCCCCAGAUAAGAUAAGAAUUUAGCAAGGCCUAGGAAUUUAGGGGUCUGUGACAUUGCAUUAUUCUUGAGGCCUGCCAAGAGCAGAACCCCCUGGUGCUAUUAACACUAAAGUGUGAAAUUCUUGCCUGUCAUUAGGCUGAUCCUAGGCAGGACUGCUUAUCUUUAUUGUAAACAUUUACCUGGUUCCUGCAAUUCCUUUCGAAGUCAUUCCUUCGUUUUGUAUCUGGUAAACUUCAAUGUACCUUGCCUGAUGUGACUUCCAACCCCUUGUAUUCUCUGUACUAUAAAAAGUCUGAUGCUCGACCUGACAAAUUCAAUCAGAUUCUAC